AUGGUCAAACUGAAGGCAUCAGAAUUAUUAAUUGAAACUUUGAAUGCACUCAAUUACCUACAUAAACAUGUAUUACCCAUAAUUCACCGAGAUAUAAAACCGCAAAACAUUUUAAUAAAAGAACAUGCACAGGGUUUUGUUAAAAUAUCGGAUUUCGGCUUAGCAGUCUUCCAUGAUCCUAAGUCAUUAUCCCAUUCCCAGGGUAGGGGUACUGAAAGGUAUAUGUCCCCCGAAGUUAAAAGUGGACGCCGGUAUAGUCCCAGUGCUGAUGUGUAUAGCCUGGGUGUUGUUAUACAGGAAAUGUUUAAUUUCGAUAUUAAUACGAUU